CCGAGCGCUCAGCCUGCCCAGGUAUCGAACGUGACGCGCGGGGAGAGCCAGCGCGCUCACCUGUUGCUCGCCUGGGAUACUUUUUUCCUUUCGCGGGACAGGAUCGGGAGGCAACUUUCCCCUCGGCCCGGUCAGCUAUAGGGAAGAGGGAAGGUGACAGGAGAGCCGCGGGUGGCGGAGGAGCAGAGGGUCAAACGUAUUCGCGCUCCCGGGUGGAAAGAGAAAGUGAUACUCCUGAGCUCCUUGCUUGGUUUCAACUUGACACAGUCUGGGUGAGCACACCAAGGGAGUUUGUGAGCAAUAUCCCCCUUCCCUAAGUUUCUCUGUGGCCACAGAGAGUCUGUCCAGCUCUCUUCCUUCCAUUUUUCUGUCCUUGAAAUUUUCUGCCUGCUUCUUUGAAGGUGUGAGUUGAUCCUCUUCACAUUUGGGACAAAGCUGGUUGGCAGCUCUUAGUCACCACAGAAGAGACAGAAUUCUUAAGACAGGAUUGGCAAAUGUGCUUUCCACUGAUCCUGUAUGAAAGCCUUGGCCCAAAGGCUCCCCGCCAGCAGAAAGAUAACAAAACUGCAGCUACGCACGCUACAUUGCCUGGCAGCUUCAUCAGAUCAGAUGUCACUUAACCUCAGGAGGAGUUGACCCAUAUUUUCUGCUCAUGUGUCACCGUCCACUUUUUCAUCCUUCCCUCCGCAGAUACAGAUAGUCGAGAAUCUGUCAGGUGGGCCAGGUUUUUAAGGGAGCCCUCUUGUGAAUAGGAAGGUUUCUUCUUCUGAUUGAGCACUGGGAAGUGAUUUUAGUUGACAUGUCAGUUUUGGAUUCCUGUAGAAUAAGAGGAAGAGAACAUACAGUAAUGGAGUAUAUGAGUACUGGUAGUGAAAAUAAGGAAGAAUUUGACUUACUGCUGACAGAUUUAAAUAUGUCCGAAGUAAUUGACAUCAUGGAGAACCUUUAUCCCGAAGGUGACCUGACAAUUUACAAAGACAGCCUCAUUGCUCUGCACCCAGAAAAGAACAAAAAUGAGGAACGGACUGAAUCUUUGCUGUUCAGCCGAAGAGAAGUUUCUUUGCUUUCGUGUGUCAAGUAUGGGAGUGUGGAAGACCUGCUUGCAUUUGCCAAUCAGGUGUCAAACACCGCAAAGCAGUUGUGCCAGCAGAGACGACAAGAAUCUGGAAUCAUAUUAAACAUGAUCAAACCCAAAAAUGGGCGCUAUAAGAUUGACUCAGACGUGCUUCUAUUUCCUUGGAAGCUAACAUACAGAAAUAUUGGGACUGACUUCAUUCCAAGGGGAGCUUUUGGGAAAGUAUACUUGGCACAAGAUACAGAAACCAAAAAGCGGAUGGCUUGCAAGCUGGUUCCCGUGGAACAGUUCAAGCCAUCAGAUGUUGAAAUCCAAGCCUGCUUUCGCCAUGAAAAUAUUGCUGAACUUUAUGGAGCCAUCUUAUGGGAUGAGACAAUCCAUCUCUUUAUGGAGGCAGGAGAAGGAGGCUCUGUCCUAGAAAAGAUAGAAAGUUGUGGGCCUUUGAGAGAAUUUGAAGUCAUCUGGCUGGCCAAACAUAUUCUCAAAGGACUUGAGUUUCUUCACUCAAAGGGAGUUAUUCAUCAGGAUAUCAAACCAAGCAACAUUGUUUUCAUGUCCACCAAAGCUGUUUUAGUGGAUUUUGGACUUAGCGUUCAAAUGACAGAAGAUGUUUAUUAUCCCAAAGAACUUCGAGGAACAGAGAUUUACAUGAGUCCAGAAGUGAUUCUUUGCCGAGGCCAUAGUACAAAAGCUGACAUCUACAGCCUAGGAGCAACCAUCAUCCACAUGCAAACUGGCAUUCCACCAUGGGUCAGUCGGUAUCCUCGUGCAGCCUAUCCCUCCUAUCUCUACAUAAUCCAUAAGCAAGCUCCGCCACUUGAAGACAUUGCUGAGGAUUGUAGCGCUAAUAUGAGACAGUUAUUGGAAGCAGCUCUUGAAAGGAACCCCAAUCAAAGACUCUCAGCUACAGAAUUGCUCAAACAUGAAGCCUUGCAUCCAUCACGGGAGGAACAGCCCCGGUGUCAGAGUCUGGACUCAGCUCUUUUUGCACGAAAGAGGUUGCUGGAGAAGAACGAGCUGGAACUCUCUGAGAAUAUUUCAGAUUCUACAAAUCUUGGGAUUACUGAGGAAUCGGAUUUGCUGAGGAGACAGCGAUCAUUAUAUAUAGACCUUGGAGCAUUAGCUGGCUACUUUAAUAUUGUCCGGGGACCAACAACACUAGAUUAUGACUAGAUUUGGGGAUCUCUCAUGUGGAACUGAACAGGACUAGUUAUAUAUAGAGGGGUGGGAGAGAGAAAGAGAGAGAAGCACGAAACCUUUAAUUGGCUUUGCUUGGAUUGCUUGAACUCUAAUAAUGUUUAAUGAAUGUCCUGGAUGAGUUCCAUUGCUAGUUUUAAUCGCGCACGCGCGCGCACACACACACACACACACACACACACACACACAUCCUUGCUCUGGUAACUGUGAUUUUUUAAAAUACAGUUACACUGACAAUGAGUCCUUUGCUUGGUUUCUAUUACUUGUCUUACCUAAAAAACAGCAACCUGCCUUCUGUUACCUGUAGUUCAACCCCUAUUUUCCCAUUGUCUUCUUACUAAGUGAAUGAAGUAAUACUGGAGCAAAAGAGCAUAUUUAUGCUCAACCACAAAACCUCAAGUUUUGUUUAUGCUUCGUUUUGAUUAUCAAGUGAAAUAAGCAUCUUCUUUAUACAUAAUAUUUUGGGAUUUCUUUCUUCUUCUUCUUUUUUUUUUUGUCGUUCUUCCUUAGUGCUGUUACAAUGACCUCCUUUCUUUCAGACUGAGGGUGUGGCAAAUUUAAGAAUUCGGUACUUAAGCUAAGAACAUUUCCAAGAAAACAUUACUGAAUUCUGGGUCACCUAUUUUCCUAAUGAAUAUGUAUUAUUUAAUAAUAUGUAUUAUUUAAGAGCCUUGGUAGUACAGUGGUCUAAGGCACCCUGUUAUUAAGCUGGUUAUUAAGACCAGCUGCCUGCAAUUACUGCAGGUUCGAAUCUCGCCAAGGCUCAAGGUUGACUCAGCCUUCCAUCCUUUCUAAGGUAGGUAAAUUGAGGACCCAGUUGUGGGGGCAAUAAGCUGACUUUGUAUAAAUAUACAAAAGGAGGAAGGCUAUUGCUGAGCACAUUGUAAGCCGCCCUGAGUCUCUGGAGAAGGGCGGCAUAUAAAUCAAAUAAAAAAUAAAAAAAAUUAAAAAAAAUUCAUGUAUAUCUACUGGUUUUGAGAGAGGGAAACCCCUAUUGUGACUUUAGUUGCACCUCCUGUUUAAGUUUUUAAUUAUCAAGCUGCUAGACAGGGAAUUGUCAAAAUGCUUGCUCCCCACGCUGGCUGCAAAUAUUUUCCAACACAAUAGUUCUUUGACAUGAAUGGGAACUAUGCCAGAUCUUGAGAUAAACUCUGUCAUGUGAAUGUAAAUUGCACAAAGACUUAGUAACUGUAAUCAUAGGCUAUUUGAAUGUUAACACAUUGUAUAAAUGACUCAUGAGGUGAGCUUAAUUUAAUUGUAAGAACUAUGUGUUAAAAAUAGACAUGUAGUUAGGUGUUGUGGUUACUUUAUGUUCCUAUGGAAAGAAUACCUCCUUUUGUUUUUGAAGAUUUGAGUGCAUUUAAAACAAGUGUUUUGAAUGAUAGUAAAACUGGUUCAAAAACAAAGCUUUGUACAUCCUAUGGGGUGAAUAUAUUAACUUUUAUAAAAAAAACAAUUUAUUAGAGGCAUACUAUGUAUGUUCUAAAUAGAGUGAUUAACAACAUCCUGGUUUAGAUGUUAUACUGAAAUAUCUUUGUAUGCAAAAUGUAUUUGUAUUAAUUUCUUGAAGUCCUAAUUCCUGCAUCAGUUACUGUAAAAAAAAAAAUUCUGUUAAACAUAUGUACUGUUUUGGAAUAAAGUGAUAUGAAAUUA